AUGGACCAGAUCAGAUUUAAAGAUGUUGUUGCAGCCAUCGCAAUCAUUUUUUUGUUGAACAAGCAAACGCAGUCUCCGUUGAUGCCGACUGUUAUGGACCAUGCACUAACCAUUGUGAACAAACUUGCAAACAGAAAGGUUACACAGGCUGGUUUUGCUCAGCUUUUAGAACCAAAUCUGGCUGUUGCUGUACACCACGAAAGAAGAAAAUCUUUGAACAAUCUGUUCAACUGA